AUGAGCGCAGCCACCCACUCGCCCAUGGUGCAGAUGGCGUCCGGCAACGGCGCCGGCGACCGCGACCCCCUACCCCCCGGCUGGGAGAUCAAGAUCGACCCGCAGACCGGCUGGCCCUUCUUCGUGGACCACAACAACCGCACCACGACGUGGAACGACCCGCGCGUGCCCCCCGAGGGUCCCAAGGAAACACCGUCCUCUGCAAAUGGCCCUUCCCGGGAAAGCUCCAGGCUGCUGCCCGCCAGGGAAGGCCACCCGGUGUACCCCCAGCUCCGACCUGGCUACAUUCCCAUCCCCGUGCUCCAUGAAGGUGCAGAGAGCCGGCACCCUUUCCAUGUCCACGCCCAGCCAGGGGCACAGUGGUUCCGCAGCGAGGCGGCCCCGGUCCCCCAGAGGUCGCAGUCUCCGCUGCGGGGCGGAGUGGAAGCCACCCAGCUGGACAGACAGAGCGGCCCGGCCGUGGCAGCCCAGCCCCCUGCUGCCCACAGACCGGAGCGAUCCCAGUCUCCAGCUGCCUCGGACUGCCCAUCCUCAUCCUCCUCGGCCAGCCUGCCAUCGGCCGGCAGGGGCGGCCCCCAGCUGCCCCGGGGCUACAUCCCCAUCCCCGUGAUCCAUGAGCAGAAUGUGGCCCGGCCCACUGCGCAGCCCUCCCUCCACCAAGCCCAGAAGACCCACUACCCGGCUCAGCAGACGGAAUACCAGACCCACCAGCCCGUGUACCACAAGAUCCAGGGCGAGGACUGGGAGCCUCGGCCCCGGCCGGCGGCGUCCCCGUUCCGAUCACCUGCCCGGAGCGUGUCGAGCCGGGAGGCCUCCCCGGCCCGGAGCAGCACACCCGUGCACUCGCCGGUCCCCGUGCGUGUGCACCCCGCUGGCGACAGGCCUCAGCCAAUGACCCAUCAGGAUUCUUCACCAGUUUCGCCACCUGAGAACAAGCCGGAAGUGAAGGCAGGCCCGACUGGACCAGAUCUCCCCCCAGGACACAUCCCCAUCCAAGUGAUCAUAAAGGAGGCAGAUGCAAAACCUGUGGCCCCCAAGGCCCCACCGCCCUCAGAGAAAGUAGAAGUCAAGGUGCCCUCAGCUCCAGUUCCGUGUCCCCCCAGCCCUGCUGCCUCUGCUGUUCCCGCUGCCCCGAGGAAUGUGGCUGCUGAAGAGAGGGCAACACCCAUCCCUGCCCCGGCAGAAGCUGCACCUCCAAAGGCCGGAGAAGCCGGGGCCGCCCCCAAGCACCCAGGUGUGCUGAAAGUUGAAGCCAUCCUGGAAAAGGUGCAGGGGCUGGAGCAAGCUGUUGACAACUUCGAAGGCAAGAAGACAGACAAAAAGUACCUGAUGAUAGAAGAGUAUUUGACCAAAGAGCUGUUGGCGCUGGAUUCGGUGGACCCCGAAGGGCGUGCCGACGUGCGCCAGGCCAGGAGGGACGGCGUCAGGAAGGUCCAGACCAUUCUAGAAAAACUGGAACAGAAGGCCAUAGAUGUCCCAGGCCAAGUGCAGGUGUAUGAGCUCCAGCCCAGCUCCCUCGAGACUGACCGGCCAUUGCAGGAGAUAAUAGAGAUGGGCACGUCGGCAGCAGACAAGAGUAAGAAAAGUGCCGGGGAUGGAGAGGGUCCUCAAACACAGCAGCUGGACACUGGCGCCGCAGCAGCACCCAACCCCGCCAGCACGACAGAUGCCGCUGGUGACCCAGCAGCUCCUUAG